UUUUGACAAAUGCGUGGUCUUUUUGUUUGUUGUCACAACGCAUGCGUUAAGCGCUGUCAAGGAAGCCUUGGCUGCGCGUAGUAACGUGCUUGAACCAUUGUUGUUGUUCUUAGCACCUUGCAAAACAACCAAGGAAGCGUCGUCGCUAUGGCCGAGCUGUUGCCAAACGUUGACAUCGCGGAGGUAGAAAAAGACCCCGGCUUUCUCAAGUACCUGAAGUCCUUGCCAGAGAAACCUGCCACGACAUUCCGCUUUUUUGACAGAAGUGACUACUACACAGUACAUGGUCCAGACGCAGAGUAUGUCUGCCGGGAAAUGUACCGCAGCAUGUCAGCACUCAAGUACCUCGGCUCGGGUGACUCACGUGUGCCAUCCGUGUGUGUGAGCCAACGCAGCUAUGAGAACCUCUUAUCUGAACUGCUGCUCAUCAAGCACUACCGGGUCGAGGUGUAUCGAAACACAGCUGCACGUGGCUCCGCAUCCUGGACCCUCGCCAUACAGGCAUCUCCUGGAAACCUGGCACCUUUGGAGGAUGUCCUUUUUGGAGGCACCAGUAGUGGCCUUUCCCAGUCCAAAGGAGUGUUGGCCGUCUCGGUGCAUACAAACCAACAAACCCUGGGAAUUGCCUAUGGAGACGCCGUCCUACAGCAGCUGACGGUUGCAGAGUUUGUGGACGACGAGCAUUUCUCGAACCUGAGUACUGUUUUGGCCCAGCUGAAUCCACAAGAGUGCCUGCUGUCAGCCACAGACGCAAAGCGCUGCCCCGAGUUGAAGGCCCUCUUGGAGCGCUCUGGUGCCCUGGUCAAUGAGGCAAAGACAGGCGAUUUCAACUCCAAAGAAAUAGCACAAGACUUGAGCUGUUUAUUGCAGCCGUCUCAGCUGCCACAGGGACAGGCAAGCAUGCUGCCUGAACUGGAUCUGAAGGUGGCCAUGGAUGCCUUGGCAGCAGUCAUAAAGUUUCUCAAUCUGACGUCCUGUGCCGAGCACCUUGGUUGCCUUCGGCUUUGCACAUUUGAAUUUGGCCAGUUUGUGCGCCUCAAUAGUGCAGCCAUCCAAGCCCUGGCUGUGCUUCCUGUUGACGGGGAAGGUCCCAAGGCAGCCUCUGAACCAAGCCUCCUGCGUUUGCUGAAUCGAUGCCGCACCGUGGGCGGUCAGCGUAUGUUGAGCCAGUGGUUGCGACAGCCACUCUGUGACCUCAAUCGCAUUGAGGAGCGUCUGGACCUUGUGUCUUUGCUCGUGGACGACUGGGAGCUGCGACAAAGCCUUCACGAGCAGAUGCUGCGACAGUUCCCAGACCUCUUGAGGCUGUCACGUAAGCUCCACAAACAGCGAGUCUCCCUGCAGGAACUUUACAAGAUGUAUCAAUGCCUGCAAGUUCUGCCUAAAUUGCGGGAGGCUUUGACCAAGGCAUCAGAGUCGCACAAGUCACCGCUUCUUGGUGCCAUUUUUGCUACGCCAAUCAAGGUCCUGGAGGCAGAUUUCAGUAAGUUUCUAGAGAUGGUGGAGACCACUCUGGACUUUGAAGCUAUAGAGCAAGGGGACUACCUGGUGAAGCCGGAGUUUGACGACGAGCUCAAAGCGCUUCACGAAGAGUUGGAGAAAGUGAAAAGUGAAUGCGAAGGCUACCUCAGAAAGGCUGCGAAAGACCUCGGCCUGGAAGCUGCCAAGACCAUAAAGCUGGAGACAAGCAGGGAUCUGGGCUACUACUUCAGAGUGACACGCAAGGAGGAACCAGCAUUGCGUUCGCGGAAGGGCUACACAACUAUCGACACCAAGCAGAACGGCGUGCGCUUCCGCAACGGACCACUGACUGAAGCCAACGAACGCUUUCUGGCAUCACGGAAGGCGUACGAUCAGGCCCAGGAAGGAAUCACCAAGAUGAUCGUUGAGAUUGCUGCUGGCUACUGGGAGCCCCUGCAGCAGCUGUCAGAGAUCAUAUCUCACCUCGACGUCUUGGUCGGUUUUGCGGUGGCGGCUGUGUCGGCCACUGGCAAGCCCUUCGUACGGCCGUCCAUGCGGCCCAAAGGCUCGGGUGUGAUACAGAUGACGGCCUUACGCCAUCCUUUGGUGGAAGCCCAAGGCGAUGUCCUUUUCAUCCCCAAUGACGUGGAUAUCCGCAAAGGUUCCAGUUCCUGUUACAUUAUCACCGGUCCAAACAUGGGGGGCAAAUCGACCUAUAUACGAUCAGUGGCCCUAGCAGUGCUCAUGGCUCAAGUGGGAAGCUUUGUGCCAUGUGAUUCUGCCGAGCUGACGGUUGUGGAUGCCGUGCUGACGCGCAUCGGAGCUGGUGACCAGCAGCUUAAGGGCGUCUCUACAUUUAUGGCCGAGAUGCUGGAGUCCGCACACAUCCUCAGG